UUUAAAGGAACCACAGAGGCUCUUCAUCAUCACACAUCACACUGUGCUGCUCAGGACUCUUCAUCAUUCUCCCGUCGACCUCCGUCCCCGUCGGCUCAUCCAGACCUCGUCGGCCCGUCCACGGCUCUACAUCACCGACACCUCUCUGAAGCUCCAUGAUGCCCCCCUCCCCCUGCCCCUCCCCCUCCGCCCUCCUCCUUCUCCUCCUCCUCCUCCUGCCCCCCCCUCCCUCUCUGGGUUGUCAGACCAGCUCCUUCACUGAGUGUCAGCAGGCUCCCUUCGUACCGGGUCACAACCUGGUCGGUGAAGGUUUCGAUGUGGUGAGGAUGAAGACCAGCGGAGCCAGCGUGGUCGACUUCAAGAGCUACAUGGUCGGAGGAGCUCAGGGCAACUGCACCGUGUGCUUCAACCACCUCCUCAACCAGACCCAGAAGCUCCCGGUCUCGGUCCUGGACUGGAGGAUCAAGGUGCACUGCCGGCGUAGUCUGAGCAGUAAGAUAUUCGAGUCGAGCCAGUCGGUGAUGAAAGACACGAGCUCAUCUCUCGGUGUCAGCUGGAAGGUGGGCCUCAGUGUCGCUGGACUCGCGGGGUUCGCAGUCGGAGGAUCUCACUCCACCUCAUCGCGGUUUGCAGAGAGCCACAGCAGGAAAGACAAGUUCUCCUUCACUACCCACGAUUUCAAAUGCAAAUACUACAGCUUCCGUCUUCACUCCCGCCCCCCGCUGAGCAAAGAGUUUGAGGUUUCCCUGAAGAACCUUCCCUCCACCUACGACCACAAGAACACCACAGCCUUCCAACAGUUCAUCGCCGUCUACGGGACCCACUUCAUCCGCAGGGUUGACCUCGGGGGUCGAGUGCACUCCAUUACAGCCAUCCGGACCUGCGAGGCCGCCAUGAGCAAGCUGUCCGUCCACAGUGUCAGCAACUGUCUGUCCGUCGAGGCCAGCGCCACCAUUAAGGGCGUGACUGCCAAAGCCAGCAGCGAGUUCUGCCACAACAAGAGCAAAAGUCUCAAAACCGGGGCAACCUUCAGCCAGGCCUUCACAGACCGGACCACUGAGGUUCUGGGAGGAGAUGGGGAUGUGGGGGACAUCCUCUUCACCCCCAAUGGUGUUGAGGCGUACAAGAAGUGGCUCAGUUCCUUGAGGAGGGUCCCAGGUGUGGUGUCCUACCAGAUUGCCCCCCUGCACUUGCUGGUGCCACAUAACCCCAUCCUGAUGAACACCCUACGAGAUGCCAUCAGUGACUACAUCCGCAAAAGUGCCAAGCCGCUCAACUGCCCUGCCAGCUGCAAGAUCGGCAACCAGAACACGAACUGCGCGUGUCAGUGCAAAGGACACCGCAUGGUCGACUCCAACUGCUGCCCCGCUGAGACCGGCGUGGCCCGGCUGAACGUGACGGUGGUCCGAGCCCAGGGACUGUGGGGAGACUACUUCUCCAAGACGGACGGAUAUGUUAAAGUUUUCUACAACAAACAAGGAGCCAGAACACCGGUGAUCUGGAACAACGACUUCCCCCAGUGGAACUACCUCAUCCGGUUUGAAACCGUCAACCUUCGGCACAGAAUACCUGUCAUUUUCGAGGUCUGGGACCGAGACAGCGUUUGGGACGACGACCUGUUGGGGAGGGUGAAGGUCAUCCCCACGAUGGGCCGCAACGUCAAGAAGUCGUUCCAGCUGAAACACGGCACGCUGUUCGUCCAGCUGUCUGCAGUGUGUGCGCCCAGCCUGCAGGGGUCGCUGUGUGAGCAGUACGCUGCCUCGCCAAGCUACGAGGGCAUCAAGGGAUACAUGAGGGAGGACCGGGAGGACCAGUGGGACUCAGGACGGUCACCUCAGGAGACCGACGGCGCUCACGACAGCUCCCUGCUUUGAUUUUUCGUGCGAUGAUUUUCUGCUGUAGCGUUUUCGAUUUGACAGAUUUUCUGUUGUAGAUGUUUGAAGCUAAGUUGCUGUCUGUCCCCUCCAUCUGUCUUCAUGCUUGUUGGCUUUACAGUGUCUCAUUAUCUGCUGUCUGCGGACACAUACACCAAUAAAACAUUCUGAAAUGUG